GUAUUUUUAUCGCAUAGAAGAAGAUUAGCCACUGCCAAUAAAUAGUGAAGUAUUUUGAUGACUCGAAAUUAUUUGUGUUUUAGAGUUUACGGCAAAUACACAUCGACAUGAAAUUUCUGGCUUCCGUUGUGGUUUUGGCUUUGGCCGUGAGUUACAUUAAGUCGGAGGAGUUGACCAAGGAAAAUGCAAUUGCCGUAGCAGCUGCCUGUAAGGAGGAGCAAGGAGCUUCAGAUGAUGAUGUUGAAGCUUUGAAAAACCACGAGGCCCCGUCCACACAUGAGGGCAAAUGUAUGGCAGCAUGUAUAAUGGAGAAGUUCGGUGUGCUCGCCGAUGGCAAAAUGGUCAAGGAGAAGGCCAUUGAAGUUGGCAUUGCCCUAUUUGGUGAUGAUGAAGCCAAGGCCACUGCUAUUGUUGAGGCCUGCGAAUCGUUGGAGGUUGAUGAUGAUCAUUGCGAAGCUGCUGUCCAAUAUGGUGCCUGUCUCAAAGAACACGCCCUAGCCCACUGAAUUAAAAAAAAUACAGUAAUAAACAAACAAGUUGGUCCGCUGUGUAAACAAUGUCUCAAACCCCCUUUGUUUAGUUGUGUGUAACUUAUAUUUAUCCUAUCAACAUUUAAUAAUUUGUUAAAUCCAUUCAAAAAGGUUGUAUUUUUUUUAAUUUAAUUCCUAAUAAAUAAAGCAUUUAAAAAAAG